AUGGAAAGGUUACUCGUUUCUGGCGCAACUGAAUUAGUGAGAAAUUUGGGUUCUGUUGUUACUCAACAGAUCGGCAUGGCUUGGGGAGUCAAAGAUGAGUUGGAAAUACUUGAAAGAACUUUGGAGACGAUAGCAGCUGUAACAACGGAUGCUGAGAAGCAGCAAGAGGAAUUUGAUUUGGUGAGACUUUGGUUAAAAAGGCUCAAGGAUGUCGUGUAUGAUGCUGAUGAUGUUAUGGGCGAGUUUUCUUAUGAAGCCAUGCAUCGAUCUAAACUGUGUGGCACGAGAAAUAAGUUUCAAAUUUUUACACCAGAUAGUUACACUCGUGAUCGCAAUUCUGUGCAACAAAACCGACUAAUUACAUCCUUUGUAGAUGAAUCAAGUGUCCUAGGAAGAGAUAAUGAUAAGGUAACCAUAAUAAAUAUGUUAAUUUCAUCUUUGGAAUCAUCAUCAUCAUUGUCCAUGAAAUUUUCUGUCGUCUCCGUAGUGGGUAUGGGUGGAAUUGGAAAAACUACACUUGCUCAAAUGGUCUACAAAGAUAACUUAAUAAAAAGUUUCUUUGAUAUAAGAGUUUGGGUCUGUGUGUCUGAUGACUUUAACAUCAAGAAGAUUUUAGUGAAAAUAAUUGAGUCAGUCACCAGUAAGAAGUGUGAUGAUAUAUCAAAUGACAUGGUCUUGUUUAGUAAGGUUCGAGAAGAGUUGAACAACAAAAAAUAUUUACUAGUACUCGACGAUAUGUGGAAUGAGGAUGCAGAGGAUUGGGAUAAACUCAAGGGUUUGCUUAGUGUAGGUGAUCAUGGAAGUAAAGUCUUAAUCACUACUCGUAGCAAUGUGGUUGCGUCAGUUGUCCGAGAUAUUACCUCACCUUACAUCCUAAAAGAGUUAACAGAUUAUGAUUGGGUCAUUCAGAAGGAAAUUCUAGUUCGGUUGUGGAUAGCUGAGGGUUUCAUUUAUCCAUCUCAUGGUGGGAGUCGAAUAUCGCUCGAAGAUGCUGGCGAUGAUUAUUUCCAUAGUUUGCUGGCCAAUUCAUUUUUCCAAGAUGUGGCAAAGAAUGAGUUGGGCGACAUCGAAACAUGCAAGAUGCAUGAUUUGGUGCAUGAUCUUGCGGAGAGUGUCAAUGGUGUUCACGGUAUCAAGACUGUGAAUUCCAGCGAAAUGGAAUCUAUUUCUGAAUUUCGUCGUUUGCAUUUAGUUUUAGAUAAAAAAAAAUUCAGUAACAUUUUCAAAAGAACUCUUGGAAAGAAUAAAAAGAUUGAGGUCCGUUUUUUCACUUGA